AUGGCUCCCAGUUCCGAAGAGUCGAGCUCGCCGGUAGAGGAGAAGCCUGUGGGCGCCCAGGUCGAGGCCGUACACACCAACGAGCUCGUACCUGGCCACCCUGCGUACUACGAGAAAGAUGGAUUGCGGACGUACGGCGAUGAUGAGGACCAUGAUCAUGAACCACGGAUGUCUUUCAGAAGGAUGAUGUCUUUGGUUGCUAUGGCAUUCCUCUGGACUGGCUCCCAAAUCCCCGUCUAUAUCUUCGGAGGCAUUCCACCCUUGAUAUACCGCGACAUUGGUGGCACCGAUCGAUGGACCUGGUUUGUCCUGGCCAACCUUCUAGCCUUGGCAGCAGUCUGCCCAUUCGUUGGCUCCCUCUCCGAUCUCAUGGGCCGCCGAUAUGUCGCUAUACUGGGUGGGUGCUUGAUCAUCCUUGGGAUGAUUGUGGCCUCGACUGCACACAGCAUGAACGUCUUCAUUGGUGGCAUGGCCAUAGCAGGCGCUGGAGCUGGUAUCAACGAACUCACAGCUCUCGCUGUGACCUCCGAACUCGCCCCCACCCGAAAGCGCGGAACCUACGUCGCAAUUCUCAUCUUCACAAUCGUGCCCUUCUGCCCGUCCGUGCUAUGGGCGCAACUGAUCGCAGCACACGCGGGUUGGAGAUACUGUGGUGUACUAUGUGGUGUUUGGGCUGCUGUUGGACUCAUCCUGACCAUCAUCUUCUACUUCCCACCACCCCGAGUCAACUCGCAAGGCUUGUCGAGGAUGGAAGUCUUCAAACAGAUCGAUUUCGUGGGAGGUUUCCUUAGCAUUUCCGGGAUGUUGUUGUUCAUGGCCGGGCUACAAUGGGGAGGCUACCAGUAUUCCUGGAAAACCGCCCACGUCCUUGUCCCCCUGUUCCUGGGCGCCUUCCUACUUGUCGCCUUCGUCAUCUGGGAAGCAAAAUUCGCCAAAUUCCCCAUGUUUCCAUCGCGCCUGAAGCAGAGUCCUCGAAUUCUCGCUUUGACCCUCGUAAUCACCUUCAUCUCCGGCGCCAAUUUUUUCUCCGUCCUCCUCUUCUGGCCUACACAAGCGUUCAAUGUAUAUGGCCAAGAUCCGGUCGGGGUGGGGGUUCGAGGACUACCCGUGGGAUUUAGUAUCUUAAUUGGAGCUGUACUUGUGCUCUUCUUACUCAGUGCCCUCAGAGGUCAUAACAGGGAAUUGAUGAUUGUCAGCUCUAUUGUCAUGACAGCGGGCAUCGGCGCUCUUGCUAGCUUGAAGGCUGAUACGCUCUACCGAGCCUGGGGCCUCCUGGUCCUCGCCGGUCUCGGAAUUGGGGGCAUCGUCGUACCAGCUUCCAUCAUCACUACCAUUAUUUGCCCAGACGACCUCAUCGCAACCGUCGCAGCCCUCACCCUCGCCGUCCGCGUCAUCGGUGGCUCCAUCGGCUACACCACCUACUACAACGUCUUCCUCUCCAAAUUCGUCCCCAACGCCAUCUACUAUAUCGGCGGCGCCAUGGAGCUCGAACUCGGCAUCACCAACCCUGAAGCCAUUGAAACCGCCAUCACCCUCACCAGCGCCUCUCUCCUCGAAGAACUAAAAUUAAUACCCGGUAUCGCGGGUAAUGACACGGCAUGGGAGAUUGUCGUGGGAGCGGGGCAGAUCGCGUAUGCGGAGAGCUACCGAUGGGUAUAUUUGGUCAGCAUUGCGUUCGGCGGGGUGAGUGUGAUUGCGGCGUGCUUUUUAGGCAAUAUCGACAAGUAUAUGGAUGAUCACGUGGCCGUCGUGAUGUAG